AUGUUGCCCCCCCACCAAGAGGCCGCUGUGCCCAGCACCCGGAACCAGCGACUCUGUGACAUCAGCCCUGGGGCCGAGGGUGCUGCGGGCAACAGGCCGCUGUGCCCAGCACCCGGAACCAGCGACUCUGUGACAUCAGCCCUGGGGCCGAGGGUGCUGCGGGCAACCUGCCACAUGCUGCUGGCAGCAAUGAAUUUGCUCUGUGUCCUUUUCCUGUUGGCCGUGUGCCGGCCUGUGCGCAGCGCAUUGGACACCUGUGGAGGGACCUGCGGGCUCCGGCCCAUGGCUUCUUACUAUGGCAUGUCACGCGUCGUGGGGGGCACAGAUGCCCAGCCGGGGGCCUGGCCCUGGAUCGUCAGCAUCCAGGAUCCCUGGGAAACAGGCACGGGGCAUAUAUGCGGAGGGUCCGUCAUCAGCCCACAGUGGGUGCUCACAGCAGCCCACUGCUUCAUCAAGGCCAGGCACAUCACCAUGUGGCGCGUGGUGAUCGGGGCCACCCAGUUGACUCAGCUGGGCCCUGAGGCCCAAGUGCGCAGUAUCAAGCGGCUACUGGUUCACGAACACUACAGUAAUAUCUCCGAGAGGAACGACAUCGCGUUGCUGGAAUUGGACCAGCCUGUUGAGUGCAGCUCCUACGUACAGCUUGCCUGCGUGCCCGAUGCCUCACUGAGAGUGUCAGAGCUGAGAACCUGCUAUGUCAGUGGCUGGGGUUCCACAACUGCAAGAU